UUCCGGGGUUGGGAAGGAAAAGGGGUGACGGACAGGAAGUGGGAGAAGAAACGGCCCUUGUUAGGAAUCGUUGUUUUUUGGGUCUUUAUAAAAUAAAAUGGCGGUUGUUCCGCCUAUCUGUUCUGGUGAGCGUAGAGUGUUACAAUAUAGUAUAUUUUAUCUCACACACAUUGGUAGUUUUUCGGUUUAUAAGUCGCGCAAAGCCAAACCAAAGCGUGCUUACCCUACAAGUUGUAACAUUUAAAAAAAAGAAGCGUGGUAUUCAUUCGGCUAGCUAACUGUAUCGACGCCUUUUAAACAAGAGUACCGUAUGUACAAUAUUCUCGGCGUGUGAGUCACACAACGUCACUUCCGCUCGUGUUUUAAGCCUGCUGAUAACUUCGAGUUGUGUUCCUUUAAACCAACGCGGGGUCACGUGAUAAGCGGAAGCCGCUGAGGUCGUAAGCAAGACAGACGUCUCACGCUGAUUUCUUUUGACUAUCUGGAGCGUAGACGCUCACGAUGUGUACUUUUGAAAAAAGUACACUCACGUAUACGUUUCUAAACUUGUUUUAAACCUUAACGAAAUUCAGUCACGUUUUUAUUUACUACAUUUUCACUGAGUGAUACACGCGGCGUCAGGACGCCAGAGUGGGGCUCCUCGCUUAAACACACGAUCUUGGGUGCUAGCUAAAGCUAGCCGCAGCGUCGCUAUGAAGCCCAGAGAGGACGCCAUGACGAGCUCCAUUGUGCAAAGGAUCGCACGACAGGCCCUCGUUACCUUUCGAAACACGCCUCGUCUCUGCGAGGACGCCGUGAAGUGUUUCACGGAGAACCACAGCAAGCUGCACGGUCUCAUGAGCGAAGUGCGAGCGGGUGACCUGAAGCUCGUCCCGCCCGCCGCGCCCCCUCUCCGCAGCGCGCCCCCGGUCACGUACAUGCACAUAUGCGAGACGGAGCAAUUCAGCAUGGGGGUGUUCCUGCUCAAGAGCGGAGCCUGCAUCCCCCUGCACGACCACCCGGGCAUGCACGGCCUCCUCAAAGUCAUGUACGGCAAGCUUCGGAUCAGCUGCAUCGACAGGCUGGAGCGGCCGCCCGGCGCCCCGCCCUCCCCGCCGCAGGUGGGCGCUCUCCGGCGCUGCCUGCUGCGCUCCAUAGGCGAGUACACGGAGGACAGCGAGCCGUGCCUGCUGGCUCCUGACCGGGAUAACCUGCACCAGAUCGACGCCGUGGACGGCCCCGCGGCAUUCUUGGACAUCCUGGCCCCGCCUUAUGACCCGGAUGACGGCAGGGACUGUCACUACUACCGGGUAAUGGAGACGGAGCUGAGAGACCAGGAGAGCAGGGAGGUGUGGCUCAUGGAGGUCUCACAGCCCCUGAGCUUCUGGUGCGGUACGGAGCCCUACCCGGGCCCUGAGGUACGCCUCUGACCCCGGGUGGGGUGUGUGACAUCACCGAGGGUUAAACCCAGCUUUUUUGGUGACCCGUUUGUUGUCUUCUUAAACAUGAUUGACAUGUGCAGACUGCUGGAAGAGACUGAUAUGAUUUGCUGUCAUCUUCCAUCAAGGUUAGCUUGGUGCUAACAUGGUAACUAGUAUUUCAUGACGCAAGGUAGAUGACGGCAGCAGGAUGGCAAUAUGGUGCCUGUGGUCCAAUUAGCAUUUUUAGCUCUAAAGCUUGACUCAACUGUGACAACGUUGACACAUUUCAGCACGAAAAAGAAGGAAGAGUUUGUACGUAAGCUGGAGGACAACGUGAUGCAAAUAAACAACAAUGAAAGAAAGAUGGAGUUGGUGUACUUUUAGUGGGACAGUAAGUUAGCAUGAUGAGUAGGUUGAUCCUUCUCAGGAGUCCGUUUUUUGUUAAAUAAAAUUUCCAAAUAUUAAAAAAAAAUCUUAAGUGAUGUCAAUUUUCUUCUAUUAUGACAUAUUCCCAUAAUAUAACGUUUUGU